AGUGCGUGCGUUAGGCUGUUAGUCACCAAUCGCUUUUCUGGGGGCUGACGUAUUGUAGUCAGCAGAGACUCGAAUAGGGGGAUUUGGAGAGAGACGGAGAAUAAAAUGGAUUUUGAGGGUGGGAUUUCCUGUAUAUCACAAUAGUGUAGCCGGUAGCUCUCAGAUCUUGGAGAACUGCUGUCUCAAACCUUAAAAAGCAGCGUACCCACAGGUACUGUAAUUAUGGACGAAUCCCGGUUCAUACGGACAGACAAUAAAGCGUCUGCUCAGUAGGGAAAGGAGUCUGGACGGUUUUGUAAAUGAGCAUCGUUUUCUUUGCAGAUCACCGCAGAGGGAGGAGCGGCCGAACGUGAUACUGCAGAUUAUAUACCGGAGUGAGAGUGUCCGAACCAGAGACGAGACCAUUUCUUAACAGGCUAUAGACAGACUCAGAGCACCUGCCACACUGCACUUAAGACAGGAAAAUGUCAGACAAAAGUGAUCUUAAGGCAGAACUGGAGCGCAAAAAGCAAAGACUUGCCCAGAUACGGGAAGAGAAGAAGAGAAAAGAAGAAGAAAGAAAAAAGAAAGAAUCUGACAUGCAGCAAAAAACUGAGUCAGUCCAAGAAGAUUCAGACCUGGAUCGCAAGCGGCGAGAGACAGAAGCAUUGCUGCAAAGUAUUGGAAUAUCUCCGGAGCCUCCAUUAGUGCAGCCGCUGCAUUUGUUAACAUGGGAUACCUGUUAUUUUCAUUAUUUAGUCCCAACCCCUAUGUCUCCUUCUUCGAAAUCACUGAGCACACCCAGUGAAGCAGGCAGCCAGGAUUCCAUGGAAUGUGGACCACUUGGAAGGACCCUGCAGUGGGACACUGACCCUUCUGUUCUACAGCUGCAAUCUGACUCUGAACUUGGUCGUAGACUUCACCGCCUGGGAGCAUCGAAAAUUACUCAGGUUGACUUCUUACCCAGGGAGGUGGUGACCUAUUCCAAAGAGACCCAGACACCCCUGGCUGCCCAUCAGUCUGAAGAAGAUGAAGACGAUGAAGAGAUCACUGAACCAAAACCACUUCCAGAAUCUGAGCAGGAAAAUGAAAAGCAAGAGCAGGAGACCAAGGAAGCUCACCCAAGGGAGCUGACUGAAGAAGAGAAACAGCAAAUUCUCCAUUCAGAAGAGUUUCUCAUAUUUUUUGAUCACACAAGUCGUAUUAUGGAGAGAGCACUAGCUGAAGACUCGGACAUCUUCUUUGACUACAGUGGUCGGGAUUUAGAGGAGAAGGAGGGCGACAUCCAAGAUGGUGCCAAUCUAUCUUUUAAUCGUCUUUUCUAUGAUGAACACUGGUCAAAGCAUCGUGUUGUUACUUGUUUAGACUGGUCUCCACAGUAUCCUGAACUAAUGGUUGCUUCAUACAACAACAAUGAAGAUAUGCCACAUGAACCUGAUGGAAUUGCACUAGUGUGGAACAUGAAAUUCAAGAAGACUACGCCAGAGUAUAUAUUUCACUGUCAGUCCUCUGUAAUGUCCGUUUGCUUUGCUCGAUUUCAUCCAAAUCUCGUUGUUGGGGGAACAUACUCAGGACAGAUAGUCCUAUGGGACAACCGCAGCCACAGAAGGACACCAGUGCAGCGAACUCCACUGUCUGCUGCUGCCCAUACACAUCCAGUGUACUGUGUGAAUGUCGUUGGGACACAGAAUGCAAAUAAUCUGAUAACAGUUUCAACUGAUGGCAAAAUGUGCUCUUGGAGCCUGGACAUGCUAUCCCAGCCACAGGAAAGCAUGGAGUUGGUAUAUAACAAAUCGAAGCCAGUGGCUGUGACAGGGAUGGCAUUUCCAACAGGAGACGUUAACAACUAUGUGGUUGGGAGUGAAGAAGGCACAGUAUACACCGCCUGUCGACAUGGGAGUAAGGCUGGCAUUGGUGAAAUGUUUGAAGGUCACCAGGGUCCUGUCACUGGUAUUAACUGCCAUAUGGCUGUAGGCCCAAUUGACUUUUCACAUCUCUUCGUUACUUCAUCUUUUGACUGGACUGUGAAGCUGUGGACCACAAAGCACAACAAGCCGCUGUACUCCUUUGAAGACAACGCUGACUAUGUCUACGACGUCAUGUGGUCGCCAGUGCAUCCUGCACUUUUUGCCUGUGUGGAUGGAAUGGGCCGCUUGGAUCUCUGGAACCUGAAUAAUGACACUGAGGUGCCAACGGCUAGUGUGGCAAUUGAGGGGGCAUCUGCUCUAAACCGGGUGCGAUGGGCUGCUACAGGCAAAGAAGUUGCUGUUGGUGAUUCAGAGGGACGAGUCUGGAUCUAUGAUGUUGGCGAGCUUGCUGUUCCUCACACCGACGACUGGACACGCUUUGCAAGGACUCUGGUGGAGAUCCGCGCCAACCGUGCUGACACAGAAGAGGAAGGCCCAGUCGAGCUGGCAUCUUAAGGAGCGUUCGUCAGUCCUGCCAUUCAGCCAGCCUUCAUUACAUACACCCUUAGAUGUCUACGUAAUCUUCUCAUAGGCAUUAUAAUAACAUUAUUUCAUUAUGCUGUUUGUUUUUUUUUUCCCAGUGCAAAUGAUGGUAUUGUACUUUGUUUUCAUGUUGGAAAUAUUGUCUUCUCAAGUGUUGGGACCUAAAGGUGAUCAAUGUCAGCUGCUCGCCAUUACCCCCUACUCUGUGUACUGUAUGUGCAACAAAGCAACGCACCCUUCCUGUAUGUCAAGCUCCCAGUAUGUUCGAUGUGAAAAGUUUCAUCACAAACACAAAAACAGCAGAGUCAAGUUUUUACAGACAUUUGUGUAGAAGUGAGAGUCCCGCGCAGUACUGAAGAUUCAUUUUAGAACACAACAUAUCCACAAUGCAAUAAAAGUUCUUUCCCUUAUAGCAGAAGUGGCUAUCAGUACUUUCUGAACAUGGCAGUGUGAGGGUCUGCUGUUGGCAGUGCUUACCGAGUAUUUCAUUUCCUUUUAUGUUUUUAUUUGUUGUGUUGGCUUAGCGCCUGCCUACUAUGCCACAUUUUUGUUAGGAUUGCAUGCUCUUUGUCAGCUUGCACAUACAGCUAAUCUGCCAGGCUUGCACUUAACGCCGGAAGCAGAGGUUUGAAGAAGGCGGGAGCAGCAGGUGACUUGUCCGCUCUUUCCUGAUCUUUAGAGUGGCGCGGCUUCGCUGUGUGAUUCUGAAGAUAUUUUUGUUGUUGCUUAUGCCACCUGCUUAUCUUUUGUGUUCUGGUGGUUUCGUGUUUUUUGUUUUUUACGUCCUCCCUUUUAGUCUUUUUAUUAUGACAUUCAUUUUAUUUUUUAAACAUAUUACCUAUGUUCACUGCUUAUUCAGGUGGAAAAAACGCUUCUUAAUGUUUUUAUUAUCACAUUUUUAUUUUUAAAAUAAUUUACCUAUGUUCACUGCUUAUUCAAAUAUGUAGCAUUUUGUGAAAAAACAAUGGAUAUGUUGCGUUUUGCCAAAAUCGUAUCUUUUUCUGAAAAAUUUAUUUUUUAAUUUAUUUUUGAAAAACGAAAUAUUUCAGUAUAGAUUUAAAAACUGAUAUUGUCAGUAUUCUCCAUUGCACUUGAUCACAACAAGCCUUGUCGUAUUUUUUAGAGUGGCUAAAAUGGAUGCACAGUCCAACAUUUUGCGAUGAAACUCUUCAUAUGUUUGCCUCAUUUGAGGCAGAAACAGGACCUUUGAGUUUGGUGUUUCACAAGUUGAUUAUUUAUUAUUUCUUCCCGUACAGUAAUACGGGCAUGUUGCUAAUUUUGUGUAUGCCAGUGUCCUGCAUGAGGUACAGUAUAUAUAUAUAUAUGGAGAGUAUUAAAAUAAAUUUAUCUUAAAUCAAUGCA